UCGCAAUACCUAGAAGAAAGAAUCAGAAGUUUAUUCAAAGGUUCUCAUUAUCUUACAGCACUGUGCAUUUGAUUUCAAUCAUAAUAACUCUUCCUUCAGCCCCGUAUGUAAUCAGUUAUUUCUUCUAGCCAUGCAAGGAGUUGAUGCCACUAUCACUAAUGUGUGCUUAGUACCUACUGCAGUGUGUAUUGUGCACACUUGAGCUACCAGCUAACAGACUUUAUACAGGUCUGAUAGAGAGCUACCAGCUAACUGACUGUACACAGGUCUCUAUAAACAUAGCUACAAGCCGUUAGCCGGCUGCUAGCAUUAGCCGAAGUUAUUGCUAGCUGUGUCAUAGAUGAACAAAGUCAUGAACACAAAGAUAAAUGAAAUGACAUGAUUACCUGUCCAGUAGAAAAUCAGUAACCAUGGCGUCGCUUUGAAGACCCUUCAAAUCCUUCAGCUGUCUCAGAAAUGCAGCCCAAAUAUUGAUUGACUCGUGUUUGUAUCUUCAUCCAGCUUUUUCAACUCUCCGCCUUUUCCAUCACAGUCUUCCUCUUCUUGCUCUGCGUAGCGGCAGAACUUGAGGGCAGAAGUUGGGCUAAAAACGUUGGUUUCUCUCUCUGACAUGUUUAUCAGGUGUUCUGUGUUAGUGAACUGCCUGCUCUGAUGACUCAAGCUGUGUCUCAAUUCUGGGGCUGCAUCCUUCGGAGGACGCGGCCUCCUCUGCGGUCUGCGGAGGUGAGUCCUUCGGAGGCACGUUCGAGGGCCGCAUUAACCGUUGUGAAAUGAGACAGUCUGGCCUUCGGAGGAUUUCCGGGUUGCGUCACCAAAUGUUCACGCCCUCACCUUUACGUCAAGAUUUCUGCCGUCCAGGCCCGCGAAAGUACAGACAGACAAAGGAAGUGAGAAAGAAGAGAAGAGAAAAGAAGAGAAGUGAAGUGAAGUGAAGUGAAGAGAAGUGAAGUGAAGUGAAGAGAAGAUAAGUGAAUAGAAGACCAGAGAAGGGAAGUUAUGGAGCCAGUGGUGAUACUUUUAUUUAUGUUUAUUUAUUUCAUGCUGGAGGAAGAGGAGAAGCGCCGCCGUCAUGGCCGGCGGCUGGUGUAUCUCCGGCAGAGAGAGGACCGUAGAGGGACCAGACACCUGUACUGCAGGAUAAACCUGGCGGUUCCUGUGCUCGAGAGGUUUUUCGGCCAGGGGGACACCAGACCUGACUUCAGGCUGAGCAGAGAGUCUCUGGCAGUGCUGCUGGACCUCCUCCAACAGGAGCGGAGACAUGGAUGGGGUGCCACAAUCGAGACCUUGGUGUUCCUCUUCUGGCUGGCAAGUGGGGCAUCAUACAGGGUGGUCUCGAGGGUGUUCGGGAUGCCUCGCUCCACUGUCCACCGCAUCGUCCAUCGAGUUACUGCGGAGGUGGUGGCCGUUCGCCACAAGGUCAUCUGCCUCCCAAAGACCGCAGAAGAUCUGGCGGCAGUAACUCAUUGGUUUGCAGGGCUGGCAAGACACGCAGCCUUCAGGAAAGCUGCAGGAGCAAUCGACGGCUGCCAUAUCAGGAUCAAGCCACCAAGUGGCCCUGAUGGUCACUGUUACAAGAACAGAAAACUGUUUUACUCAAUAAUACAUCAGGCAGUUUGUGACCAUCAGGGCCGCUUUAUCGACACGUACGUGGGCUGGCCGGGGUCGGUGCAUGACUCCAGGCUACUCCGGCACAGCCCACUGUACAGGCAGGCGAUCUACCCUCCUCCAGAGCACUUCAUCCUCGCAGAUGGUGGGUACCCCUGCCUCCAACGACCACUCCCCCUCAUCACUCCCUACAAGCGGCCGGUGCAAGUGACAUGGCAGCCGUCGAUCAAGUCAGCCCUGCAAACCCAGUUGAUGGACGAUGUGGUGGACAGUGGAGGCAUGCACCUCCAAUCAAUGUCCCACUGACAGACAGAAGACACCAGGGUCUUUAUUGUGGCAUCCUAUCCAGCCCAGCAGCACUGCCAGGGACUCCUGCUCAGUUAAUAACUGUACAUAUUUGAAUUUGUUAUUAUUUGUAAAUUGUACAUAAUUUAAUCUAAUCAUUUGUGUUAGUUGUGUAAUAGCAUGGUCAUUUCUGCCGUACAAAUGUACAUAUCUGUAAAUGUAUAGACUGCCCACAUGUAAAUAUUGAUAAUCGUUCUCACUGCACCUUCAAUAAAAGAGA